AUGAUGUUUCGUUUGGCAUUCAAAGCGACGUUUGAUAUAAUUUUAGUGACACUAAUAUUGGCCACAGUUUUGGCAUUACUUCCCAACCAUUUGUUGCCAAACUUACCAAUAGAUCCCACUUAUUAUGAAUCCGAUUUCAUACCAAACUCUUUGGACAAUUGGAACAAUCUUUUGGCCCAAAGAAGUCAACGACUAUUGGAUGGCGUUAUUGUGGGCCCGGAAUCGAUGACAGAGAGACACCACUUCCUCUACACCGGUCUCGCAGACGGAAGACUCGUUGAGAUCCAUAAGAAGACACUUGAAAUCAGAGAAAUCACUUCAUUUGCUAAAAAGACUGAUUGCGUGGAGAACGAGUACAGAGAGAUGGUUGAGUGCGGACGACCUCUGGGUCUUAGAUUUGGUUCCGAUGAUUAUCUCUAUGUUGUGGAAGCGUUUGACGGCUUGUUUCGUGUGAACGUGAGCUCUGGUCUCAAAGAGCACAUUGACUUCAAAAAUGAUGGCAUUUAUGGUCUGUUUAAUGAUCUGAUGAAUGUGUUGUAUAUUGCGGUGUCGAGUACUAAAUGGCAAUUAGAUAGAGUGCCGUAUAGUGUCCUCGACUACGAAGACACCGGUUAUGUGUUUGCAUAUAAUUUGGACACAAAAACAAGUCUUAAAAUAAGAUCCGGUUUUCGAUUCACAAAUGGAGUUGAAGUCUCAAAAGACAAUAAAUAUCUUCUUAUCGCCGAAACAAAUACUUUUACAAUCCAUAAGAUUUCACUUCAAGUGAUUCAUCGACUAAUUAAAGACAAUAAACAGACAGAAAUUGGUGACAAUGAAGUGGAAGUGUUUGCCAAAGACCUGCCGGGAGAACCGGAUAACAUCCGUAUUGAUUCCAACGGUGACGUCUGGUUUGGCGUGUUUUUGGUUAGAACCGAAGGCAAGACAUUAAGGGAUGUGCUCUCGAACUGGCCAUUCAUUCGUAAGACAAUCGCUCGAGUCUUUUAUUUAUCUUCACUAGUGUUUGACUUUAUAAACAAAAACAUUACACCAAACCAUGCGUUGGAAAUGUUUGCGUUUGACUUAUAUUCGGGUCAUAUUAUGUACAAAUUUAUGCCCAAAAAUGGAGCCGUCGUUAAGUUGGACGGAAAGACCGGUCGAAUCAAACAGAUUCUCGGAUCUAAUGAAUUCAAUGGUGUGUCAGAAGCUAUAGUCGACAGCGAAGGCGAUCUCUAUUACGGCUCGUUUAGGAAUCAAUUCAUCGGCAAAAUAGAAAAAGGAGAUUAUUAG